GAUGGUGAACGACGCGAAGACGCGCGCGAAGGCGACGAAGGCGCGGCGCGUAAAGCUGACGACGACUGCGAUUCUUGCAUCGAUAAACAGGUUGAUUUUGAUUUUUGUGACGUUCAAGAGGGUGAUUUUCAUGGCUUAAAGGCGCUUUUGAGUGGAUAUUGCGAUGGGAACGAAUACGCGUGCUCGGACUUGUGCGACUUGCUCAUUAAACAAAAAGCCGUCGGCACCGUGGUGAAGACGGAGGCAGACUCGGAGAACGUGCUCGGCGUGACUUCGGUGGUGAGCUUGGCGCGACACAAGGAUGAGAAGUGCGUGAAGGAUAUUAAAAAGUUUCUGCUGGGCAAGGUUCCGGGUAAGAGUAAGAAGGACUUUGAAAAGGUGCUCAACGACGCCGCGACGGGUUUGCUCAUCAACGAACGCAUCAUCAACGUCCCACAAGAUGCCGGAGAGCCACUCAUCGACGGUGUGUUCGACGAAAUACGUUGGGCGACAAAAGAUGAAACCACUGAAGAGGCGCGGAAGUCGUACGAAUUCAAACACUACAUUUUAGUGAGUACUUUAUUCGAGGAAGACGGCGAAGAAGAGGCCGAACCGGCGGCGGGCAAGAAGCGAAAAAAGGGACAACCGACCAGGCAAAAAAUCUUCCCGCGACUGGAAGAGGAAAUCUUGCUCGAGCACUCGACGAAUUCUUUCUUUUGGCGGGGUAAGCAGAACGAAGAAAACGACAUCGCUGAUUUCCUUCCACACCGUUGCUGCAUGGUCGUCGAGGCCAGGGUGAUCGACGCUUUCCGCAAAGACGUGAAAGAUUUGUUCCAAGACUUCAAAUGA